GUUUGACGACCUGACGGCGGGGACGGCGGGGGUGGUGACGAUGGGGAGUCAGGUUCACAACUUUGAGGAGUAUGUUGGGAGGCUGAGGGAGGGUGUAGGAAGAGAGAAGGCUGAUGGGGUAGUUAAGAGUGCGGUGUUUGUUAUUGGCGCGGGGUCUAAUGAUUUGAUAAUGAACUAUUAUUUGACUCCUCUGAGGAGGGUGAGUUUUAGUGUGGAUGAGUAUCAUGGGUUUUUACUGCAGAAGAUGGAGAGCUUUGUUCAGCGGCUGUACACGUUGGGUGCCCGUAAAUUCACGAUUUCUGGCCUCCCACCCCUGGGAUGCGUCCCAAUUCAGAUGACAAUAAACACCGUGACCGCUUUAAUGAAAACAGGCUCCUUUACAAGAUUGCUUGGUCCGCGAGUUUGCAUUGAUCAGCAGAAUGCAGAUUCGGUUUCAUACAACUCAAGGCUGCAAGCCUUGAUCAACAGAAUGGAGUCUUCGCUCGAAGGCACCAGAUUCGCUUAUGUGGAUAUAUACAAUCCAGUGAUGCACAUGAUCAAGAAUCCGGGGGCAUAUGGGUUUACGCAUACUAGUAUUGGCUGCUGUGGAAGUGGGAUGAUAGAGAUGGGACCAGCGUGCAAUGGCGGCUCAUGCGCUGACACCUCAAAAUACUUGUUCUGGGACUCAGUUCAUCCCUCUCAAGCCACCUACCGAGCUCUCUCUGACCAGCUCAUGCAAAGUCUCCUCUCACAGCUUACUAACUAAUGAUUACAUUGAUCAUGUAUUAAUAUUUAGGUUUUGUAAGUUCUAUUUAUUUGAAUAAAACAUGUUGGUUAUUUUUAUUUUUAUAAAUUUUUUGAUAUCAACUGAAAUUAUUAUGGUU